ACCCCAGGCCCUAAGAUUCAUUUUUGAACCACUAACCAUCACUGGACACCUGACAACUUGUUGGGUGAGAAGAUCUAGAACAAUGACUCUCAAACUUUAGUGUGCUUGAGAAUUACAUGGUGAUCACAUGAAAAUGCAGAUUCCUGGCCAAGACAGGUAAGAAGGAUGAAAUGGGGUCUGGGAAUCUCCAUGUACAAAGCUCCCCAGGUGAAUAUAGAUCACAUAUAAGAAAUACUGAAGGCAAUGAAAAUUAGUGAUGUGCAUUUCCUAUGAGGAAAGGGCUAUUCUGAAAAAAUUUGGAAGAAAAUUAUCUAGAACUGUAAAGGGUUUGAAAUUUUAUCCUACUUGCAAGCAGUUAGCUUGCUACAGAUUCAUGAACGAUGGUAGGAGAUAUGAGUCCACUGGGUCAGAGACAAAGGACAAUUCUUGACAGCACUAAGUGUAGUCAGCAUUGUUACUGGGCCAAUUUCCUGAGCCUCAAUUCCCACAAGUCUUUGUGAUGAGGGCCCCAGUAGGUUGCAUUACAGAAGAGAAAUUCCCAAAUUUAGGAAACUGGAAUCUAUAAUGGGGACUACUUCUGCCAGAACUUUGUCUGGACGAGAAAUUAUUUCUGUCCUCCAAAGUUGUUCACCAUAGAAACAUCCUUGGAAAAUUCAGACAGUGCCUGUGCUCUCAAGACAUACAGAUGCCCAACCCCAAGAGUCGUUUCUCAGCAGAAACCAGGAAUAGAAGCACCGCAGGUGAACAGUAUCCUACAGGAGAAAGCUGCAAAAUAAUCACACUGCUGCAGGAAAGGGGAAUCGCAGGGGCUCGGCCCGGCAAACCCGGCAGGAAUUCAGCUUGGAUUCUGGUUCAAAGAAGUCUUUCAUUCCUUUGCUUUAAGGGAGACCUGCCUGAUGUCAGGAGCACGCUCCACACUUCCCUCCCUUUCAGCCUCACACUUCAGAGGGACGAGGUAAGUUACAGUCAUUUUCCUCACAAGCAGCCACAUCCUGAAACACUAGACUCAUUCAACCCCGGGGCAAGAACCACGUCUUCCCAGAGGUCCUCCCACCACCCGCUCUCCUCGCCUGCUGCCUCCAGGCCAGAAGACUGGCCAAAAAGAAGUGAUGGACGAGGCCUGUCACUCAAGACAGGCCUUUACGAAGGCACCGCCACUCUAAGCGCGAGCCCACGGAAGCUGCUUUAAGACCCAGCCACGACUGACUUCGGAACCAAGUCAGGAUCCCGGGUGUCUCCCACGUCGCGGGCCAGAGGUUUCCAUGACUCGGUUAAGGAAGGGGUUCCUAGACUUCAUUUCCCACUUCAAUAAGGACGCAGGCGUCCAGUGACACUAGGGCGCGCAGCGCAGCGCGGCUAGGGGACGCGCCCGUCGGCAGAGGGCGGCUACAACCAGCUCCGCAGCCCGACCGGCUCUUCCCGCCUUCACGCGCAAACAGGAAGUGGGGCGGAACCAGCCGAGCACGCCACUCGCGAUUGGCCAGCGCCGCCGCCGCUCACCGCCGCGAGAGGAAGGGGUUGGGCACCGCCCACCGCCCCGCAGUCGGCGGCUUGGCGGGUGGGAGGGACGCCGGCCAAAGUUACGGGUACCGGAUCCCGCAGCUCGUGGGUCAUGGAGCCCGGGCCCGCCGCGUCCCCCGGGCCUUCCCGCUCCUUCAAAGAGGAGCUGCUCUGCGCGGUCUGCUACGACCCCUUCCGCGAUGCGGUGACGCUGCACUGUGGCCACAACUUCUGCCGCGGGUGCGUGAGCCGCUGCUGGGAAGUGCAAGUGGCGCCCACCUGCCCGGUGUGCAAGGACCGGGCGUCGCCCGCCGACCUGCGCACCAACCACACCCUGAACAACCUGGUGGAGAAGCUGCUGCGCCAGGAGGCCGAGGGCGCGCGCUGGACAGGCCCGCGAUCCCCGCGCCUCUGCCGCUUGCACCGCGGCCAGUUGAGUCUUUUCUGCCUCGAGGACAAGGAGCUGCUCUGCUGCUCAUGCCAGGCCGACCCCCGCCACCGGGGACAUCGCAUGCAGCCAGUGAAGGACACUGCCCACGACUUUCGGGCCAAGUGUAGAAACAUGGAGUGCACGCUGCGGGAGAAAGCCAAGGCCUUCUGGGCCAUGCGACGCUCCUACGAGGCCAUCGCCAAGCACAAUCAGGUGGAGGCUGCGUGGCUGGAAGGUCGCAUCCGGCAGGAGUUCGACAAGCUCCGUGAGUUCCUGAGGGUGGAGGAGCAGGCUGUUCUGGAGGCUGUGGCCCAGGAGACCAGGCAGAAGCAGCUCCUGGCCGAUGAGAAGAUGAAGCAACUCACAGAAGAGACGGAGGUGCUGGCCCAAGAGAUCGAGCGGCUGCAGAUGGAACUGAAGGAAGACGAUGUCUCUUUUCUCAUGAAACACAAGAGCCGAAAGCGCCGGCUCUUCUGCACCGUGGAGCCAGAGCCCAUCCAGCCCGGCAUGCUCAUCAACCCCUGCCGGUACCUGGACUCCCUGCAGUACCGCGUGUGGAAGAAGAUGAUCAGUUCCAUCAAGUCUGUGCCCUUCAGCUUCGAUCCCAACACUGCAGCAGGCUGGCUCUCAGUGUCUGAUGACCUCACCAGCGUCACCAACCAUGGCUACCGCGUGCAGGUGGAAAACCCAGAGCGCUUCUCCUCAGCACCCUGCCUGCUGGGCUCCUGCACCUUCUCUCAGGGCUCCCAUGCUUGGGAGGUGGCCCUGGGUGACCUGCAGAGCUGGCGGGUGGGUGUGGUGCGGGUGCAGCCAGAUACAGGUGCAGAAGGCCACUCACACAGCUGCUACCAUGACACACGCUCUGGCUUCUGGUACGUGUGCCGCACGCAGGGUGUGGAGGGGGACCACUGUGUGACCUCGGACCCGGCCACCUCGCCCCUGGUCUUGGCCAUCCCGCGCCGCCUACGUGUGGAGCUGGAGUGCGAAGAGGGCGAGCUGUCCUUCUAUGAUGCUGAGCAUAACUGCCACCUAUACACCUUCCAUGCACGCUUUGGGGAGGUGCGGCCCUACUUUUACCUUGGGGGUGCGCGGGGUGACGGGCCCCCUGAGCCCUUGAGCAUCUGCCCCUUGCGCAUCGCUAUAAAGGAAGAGCUGGGCGUCUGAACUGGCCCAGGCCUGCCGCAUGCUGUGCCGCGGGCCUGCUUUAUUCCUGCCUCUUCCCGAAGCCCUCCCCUGGCCUCGGCACCUCUGCCCACUCUCUUGUGAGGUGCCAGCAUCCUCUGCCAUCCGUCUUGCCUUUUUCUGUGACUCUAGGCCCUAUGCCUCGUCUUUAUUUUUGGUCCCUUCUCUGCUCAGUUAAAAGCCAUCCAGGAAGUACCUCAUGGGUCCAGGCUCUACCCAGGGUGUGAAUUUUUAAGUCCUCAUUUGAGAAUUUCUGGAGAAAAUGUUUACUUCCAGAACAGGCCUGUUUUAAAAUGUAGGUUUUAUUAUUUUCCAGGUAUGGUUAAACCAACUAAUCAGGAGAUGACUGCUGUUGGAAAGAGUCUGUCACUCAUUUCCCAGCCAUGCCACAUGGAGUCACACAGGAAAGCACUAGGGUCAGUCAAGAUGCAAAGGGAAAGAGGGGAAGGUGCUGGCAAAGCCUGUGUUGUGGUUUUCCUGGGAAGGAAUGGGUGGGGCAGCAUAGACCAGGUGGACGCUCACCAGUCUUGAGUAGUUGCAGUGGGUUCUGGCGUGUGAGGACGGCUCCUCGAUUCUUGCACCUGCCUUAGGAUGAUUAGGACAGGAGAUGUUGACUUGGCAGAGAGCCUGCUACAGGAAGUGGUGAGAUUCCAUGGUCUAGGUUGCUGGACUCACGGGACAGGCAGCCUUCAGGCUUGGUGGCUGUCUAGGGAUUGGCUAGUUUAGGAGCUGCGGUCACUCCAGUGCUGGAACAUCAGGAAUUCAGCAAACAGUGCAGGGCUCAGCUUAGCUACUGCUUUAUGUUACUAAUUUAAAACUUGCACGGAUCUUCCUGGGGGUCCUGUAAGGUAGGAGGCAAAGCUGCCCAUCCCUAUCUAUCAACUCCAGUUUACCUGGUUGUACAUCAAGAGCUAAUCUCUGAACCAAGAGAUCCAGAGCACUUAACAAACUUAAAAUCAUGCUGUGCACCUGUUCCCUCGCUGGGCCUCACUUUCCUCAUCUGUACACUAGACAGUGGGACUAGAAGACCGUGUCCUUCCAUUAUUACUGUGGGGUGAGUUCCUCUGGUGAAAGUAUGAGAAGGGAAGGGAAGAGGUGCCCCUUCCAGUUAGGAAGAAAGGAAGGGUGUGGUCCGAGGGAGGCCGUUCGGAAGACAGGUGCUGUGCAGUGAGAAGGAAGGCAGUGUCCCUCGUCCUCACUGCUGCGUGUCACUGACCUCAUCCGGCUUGCUCCCUGUUGGGUUUCAUUCCUGUUUCUCCUCUCCACUAUAAACCUCCACCUUUCCUUUCUCAUGCCUGCAAAUGCUUUCUAAUUUCCAGCUCACUGUGUCCUGGGAAUUGACAACAUGGAAGGAGACACUGUCCCGUGGGUACCGUGUUAUAGUUAGCGGCACAUUCCAGCCUGGAUUCCCCACUUCAUAACAGCUGAUGUUCUAAACAGCAAUUAGGAGUCCUGGUUAUAAGUGUGUUGUGCACAUUGGUUAUGUAACUAGUGGGGAGGGACCAGGUGUGACAUGCCACUGGGGCCAGCUUGGCAGUUGGCAAAUGAGCUCACUUGUGUCAGAUUCUCAGCGCCCCCCCCCCCCAAAAAAAAA